GUGUUCUCAGGAUAAUUCUACUUUCACGCAUGUGGUGUGAAGUUGAUGUGUUUCCUUCACUCCAACAGCUCAAACUAAAGAAACUGGAAUCCUGCUGGACCGAUACUUGAUUACACAAGGUAAUAAUCGGUAAUAAUCGGUAAUAAUCGGUAAUAAUCGGUACUUGUGCUUGUGGAGUGUUUGAUACAGUGUAAAUGCGCACAGCCGGCAUCUUUCUGGGUAAAAUAUAGAAAUAUAGGGUACAUUUCUGACUUUAACUUGCAUCUCUCUCUCUCUCUCUCUCUCUCUCUCUCUGUGCCUGUGUGUGUGUGUGUGUGUUAGAACUCCAGGCUGAUCUCCGCCAUGCAGCACUACGGGGUGAACGGUGGAUACUCUCUGCACGCCAUGAACUCCCUGAGCGCCAUGUACAACCUGCAUCAGCAGAGCGCGCAGCACGCGCCCGACUACCGGCCCUCGGUGCACGCGCUCACGCUCGCGGAGAGACUGGCCGACAUCAUCCUGGAGGCGAGGUACGGCUCUCAGCACAGGAAGCAGCGGCGGAGUCGCACAGCCUUCACCGCUCAGCAGCUGGAGGCACUCGAGAAAACCUUCCAGAAAACACAUUACCCCGAUGUAGUGAUGAGGGAACGGCUGGCAAUGUGCACCAACCUGCCUGAGGCUCGAGUACAGGUAUGGUUUAAGAACAGACGAGCGAAGUUCCGCAAGAAGCAGCGCAGUCUGCAGAAAGAGCAGCUCCAGAAGCAGAAGGAGGCGGAGUCAGAAGGGAACCAGGAAGCAGAGAAUAAAGAAGAAGUACCACCUACAAGAACACCUCAAACUCCACCUUCACCUUCAGACGGGACUCGAGCCAUGCUUCCGCCUCCGGACGAGCUGAGCGAGGAAGUGAACGUUACGUCACCUGAGCACUCGGGGGCGGAGUCAGGAGCAGAGGAUUUGACUGACAGAGAGGACGAGCCGCCAUCGUUCGGACAGGAGGAGAAAGGGACGGGGCAAGCACUGACAGGUGGCACAACGCCACCAUGCAAACCACUCAGUCCAAAAUCAGAUUCUCCUCUCGCCUCGCCGUCUCUCUCGUCCUCCAGCGUUCUCAGCAGCGGUUUAGUCCAGACCAACUCCUACGCGUCGUCUCCUCUCAGCCUCUUCCGUCUGCAGGAGCAGUUUCGCCAGCACAUGGCUGCUACAAACAACCUAAUGCAUUAUACGCCCUUCGACAUGGCCACCUCCUCCUCCUCCUCCUCCACCUCCACCUCGUCUUCAUUAGCUUACCUGGGCAUGAACAUGAACAUGAACAUGAACAUGAACAUGAGCAUGAACAUGGCAUCUCCACUCAGCCCGCUGCAGUGCCAGUCUUAUUACCAGUCACUGUCUCAGCAGGUGUGGAGCAGCUUAAACAGCAAGACGAGCAGCAUCGAGAACUUGCGCUUCAGGGCCAAGCAGCACGCAGCCUCGCUCGGGUUGGACACGCUGCCCAACUGA